AUGGCUUUAAUUGACAAACUCAGAUUGUACUUGAUUGUUUUUAUGAUUCGUCCAUUCUCAGGUUUGUCAUUUAAUCAACCAAAAUUUUGUUCAUCAGCAAUAUGGUAUCCAUUUGGAAGUACUUUUGUAGAACUCCAUGACAUUACGAUGUAUUCUAUAUUUCUUACAACUAAUAAUUCUAUUUAUAUCAUUGGUCUCGGAUCUUCUGGCAUCUAUAUUUCUUUGAAUGACUCUAUCAAGCCCUCGAAAAUAGGGUCAAACACACUAUGGUACCCGAAAUCAGUUUUUGUUGAAAAUAAUAAUGAAAUCUAUAUUACAACAUCAAUAUUGAGACCGGCAGUUUCUAGAUGGAUAUUGAAUACAAAUACUCACACUCCUGUUAUGGAUAUUCCCGUAUCAUGCUAUGCCAUUUUCAUUGAUAUCAAUAACAAUUUAUAUUGUUCAUUAGAUCUUCAACACAGAAUUCUAAAAAAAUGGUUAGGGAAUAACAAUACAACAUCAGUUAUCGUAGCUGGGACUGGAAUUUCUGGUCCAGCUUCUAAUAUGUUGGCUAUUCCGACUGGAAUUUUUGUUGAUGUCUAUUUGAAUCUUUAUGUUGCUGAUUCUCUCAAUCAUCGAAUUCAGUUAUUCGAAGCAGGUCAAUCGAAUGCAACUACUGUUGCAGGGAGAACAUCAGUUAACCUUACAAUCAGUCUCAACCAUCCGACUGGAAUAACUCUUGAUGCUCUUGGUUCUCUACUUCCCGUAGUUUUACCACAUAAAACUACUCUAUCAACAUCAACAACGACUGCUACUACAGCAACGUCAACAACAUCAACAUCGACGACUUCGACCUCGUCAACAAGUGCUACAACUAGUACGAGCUCAUCAUCAAGUACUUCAUCCACUAGUUCGACGUCAUCAACAAGUACUACAACUAGUACGAGCUCGUCAUCAAGUACUUCAUCCACUAGUUCGACGUCAUCAACAAGUACUACAACCAUGCCACAACUAGUACGAGCUCGUCAUCAAGUACUUCAUCCACUAGUUCGACGUCAUCAACAAGCACUUCAACCACCAGUACGAGUACGUCAACAAGUACCUCAAGUACCAGUUCGACCCCGUCGACAAGUGCCACAACCAGUACGACUUCGACAACAAGUACUACAAGCUCGACAACCUCAACAACAAGUAGUACAUCAACCACGAGUACAACAUCAAAGACAACGUCGACAUCAAGUACUUCAACUUCUACAUCAACGACAACAACACCAUCGUGCGGCAGUGUNUGAUACCCUAGGGCAUCUUUCUGUCGAAAGAAUCUUGUGUGCAAACUACGACAAACAAGAUAAUCAAUUAUCAUAA